UCUGUCCAAUCAAUCAAUCCAUCGUCUGUCUGUCUGUCUGUCCGGCUAUCUUGUAUCUCCUUCAUCCUCCUCCUCCUCCUCCUUGUCCUCGUCCCGUCCUAGUCUUCAUCUUCAUCUUCAUCUCGCCAGUCUCUCGUUCUUUGACAUAGUUCCAUCAAUUUAUUGCUUCAUCGGUCCAUCUUUGUUAUGGACAUUGUAUAAGAUUUAAAGGCUGUAGCCCGUCUAGCACUUACGAUAACAAACCGACUUAUUGUCUUGAACCUCGCUUCCACUGGUUGAUCCUAAUUGAUGGGUUAAUCAACUCACUUCUUGGGUUUGUUCUCAUUCCAUCUAUGAUACCCAUAUUCGUUCACCCUUCUUAAUAUUUGCUUCCUGCUUCCUCUUUCCCUGUAUCCGUCAUCUCAGCAGUCACCAUGACCUCCAAUCUCCCCCGCCAAUCCAGCGUCGAUCUAGACUCGGCCGAUCGGCCCUUUGACAAUAUUAUCAACUUUCGCGAUGUCGGACGGUCAAUCAAUCAAUUGAUGGGAUGUCGCAUCCUAAAGGAAGGCGUCCUCUUCCGAAGUGCCAGGCUAGACGAUGCCUCAGAACGAGAUAGACGGCGCCUAGCAGAAGAGCUACACAUUUCAACCGUCCUGGACCUCAGAUCGAUGUAUGGACGGCAAGCGACCGAACACCAAAUGGCCACUCGCAAAUGUCGCGGCGAGGAUGCUCUCGACCCAGAACAACCAUCUCUCCCUCCUUCGGAGGCAAACGAGCAUCUCAUGGAGAUCUCCGGUGUGCAACGCUCCCUGAUCAGUCUAACGGGCAGAGCAUUCGAGCGCGCCCUCCUGUGGCGCUUGGACUGGUAUAACCUCAUACGAGUCCUCGCCCUCGUAGCUUCAGGCUACCGCACCGAAGCAGUCACCAUCGUGGGCCAGCAGGCCAUGGCGCCGCGGGGCCUGAUCAGGCUCGGCCAGGACACGCUGGACAGCAGCACGGCGGAGGUGCGCGAGAUCUUCGAGCUGCUGGCGUCGCCGGCCGCGUACCCGGUCCUCGUGCACUGCACGCAGGGCAAGGACCGCACGGGUCUGAUUGUGCUUCUGCUUCUGCUCCUUGUGCCGGAGGUGUCGGCGGAUGCGAUCGCGGCGGACUACGUCAAGUCGGAGCCGGAGUUGGUCGUUGAGUUCGAGGAGCGCAUGAAGGAGAUCCGCGUGCUGGGCUUGGAUGAGGAGUAUGCGAAAUGCCCGCCGGGAUUUACGCAGGAGAUCCGGGCGCAUCUGGAAGCGAAAUACGGCGGCGUUGAAGGGUAUCUGAUGUCUGUUGGGAUUGAUCGCGAGAAGCAGGAGUUGAUCAGGCAGAGGCUGCUCGCAUAGUCUUCGGUUUUCUUCGACUAUUCUAUCUGAUGAUGGAUGUACAUUUAGCUGGGAUACGAUAUUUGUAAUUACGGGCGGAUACAUGCAUGGAUUCUGGGUAGAUUUUAGCAACUUCGGGACAAAUGAGCAAUUUAUAUAAUAU